UGAAAGAAGAGACGUGACUUCCGGUGGAGGCCUCAGCGCGAGAGUGGUGUUUGUGUUUGUGGAUCGAUGGUCAAACUAUCAGUUUUAAUUAAUAAAAUUGAGUUGAAUGUUAAUAUUUUGAUUUUAAUCUCAAGUUUUAAGCGCAUGAAGCUUUAACAAGCGCAGAUGGCGUCCGAAUCACAGUGUGUGAGCAGUAGGUGGGAUCAGGCCAAACCCCGAGCGGCUGUCCUGCAGGGUGUUGUGGGGAGCGAGGCCCAGGCUGCUCAUGUAGCGCCAGCAUCAGGUGCAGCAGUGGCUCACAGCACCAGCUCAGUGGCCACCCCUGAUGUGCCAGAGCCUCUGCAGGGUGGCGUGGAGCUUGCCGCUGCGAUGGCGGCGAAAAUUAAUGCCAUGCUGAUGGCUAAAGGCAAACUGAAACCACUUCAGCCACUGCCCAGUAAAGCUCGGUCCACUCCUGUUGCUCCUGUCAGCACUGAUGAGGUCAUCGUUGCUGAAGUCGACAUAAAUGAUGUGCCGCUCAACUGCAGAAAUCUGCUCACCAAAGGCAAAACUCAAGAAGAGAUUCGUCUGUUCAGUGGCGCAGUCAUUUCAACUAAAGGACUUUACAUGAGUGAUGCAGAGAAGAGUAACAGCGCAGCCCCAGCGCGGUCGCUGUAUCUGCAUGUGCAGGGACGCAGUCAGGAGGAAGUCAACAAGGCCGUGGCGAGAAUAAAAGAGCUGAUCUGUGAGGAUGUUCUGCGCUCCUCGGAUGGUCUGCAGCCUCCAGUGAUGCCCACCGUUCCAGUGUACCGACACCCUCCCACAGCUGCCGCAUCCCUCCCACCGAAUACACGACCCCCAAACACGCCCACCAUACCUGCUCACAAACCACCCCCUCCACACUCAGGGAGUUUUGUGCACACUAAGAUAUUUGUAGGACUGGACCAAUCGAAUCCGUCCUUUAAUGUGAAUGAGCGUGUGGAGGGGCCAUCGGGCUCGUACCUGCAGCACAUUCAGUCUGAGACGAGUGCACGUGUCUUCCUCAGAGGCAAAGGGUCAGGAUACAUCGAGCAGGCAUCGCGUCGGGAGUCCUUUGAGCCGCUCUAUCUAUACAUCAGCCACCCAAAUGCAGCAGGACUCGACGCAGCGAAGAAACUGUGUGAAAAUCUACUUCAGACGGUGCGUGCAGAUCACACUCGGUUGACAUAUCCAGCCACUGGUUCCACUACAGUUUACCCAACACACGGAUACUCUGCUAAUAACAGCUACAGCAGCCAGUCUUGGUUCAGUUACCCAUCCAACGGUUACACAAGCACUUACCCACCAUUCCCUUCUGCCAGUGGAUACUGGAACAACUCCAGUGGACACUGGAACAACUCCAGUGGACUGACUGGCCAAUCACAGCUGACCAGCAGUCCGGUGCAGUACCCUGUGUGCUCACAUCAACCAAACUCUUUCCUGAAGCAGGAUGACGACGUAGUGUCAGAUGGCACUGAUAGCAGCCCAAGUCCUCUUCUAAAAAGUGUUGCUUUGGACAGCCAGAAGCAGGAAACACUGGAUGAGGCGUCUGCAGAUGUUGCAGUAAAUGUAGCAGAGGGCCGCAUCUGCUCUGAGAGUACACUGAUGCCUCCACCAGUAGCUCCAAUCAUCAGAAAGAGACCUGCAGAAGAAACCAACAGACCCCUCACACACACAGAGGAGGAACAUCUGGUGAAGAUGGUAAAGCUUCCAGAAGUUUCCAGCAGCUCCUCUGGACUUGUUCCAUAUGGAGGUGAUUCAUCAGAUGAGGAAGAGGAGCGCACUCGCUUCGCCAAUAAGAACGCGCUCUAAACACACGCGCACACAUACUCUAAACAUACGCACGCUACUCACCUGCACACAUCUGUGCAGGAAACAGGAAGGACUUUUAUGGCAUAAAAUGUCUGUCAGUGUUUGACAGAAAUGAUGUGUGACUGAUGUGAAACUGUUCCUAUGGAAUAAAACGACAAACC